GACAGACAUCCUGUGGAGCUGCGUCUGCGUUCCUUUCAUGUCUUUCCCCUGAGUGCGUUUCACUGACAUCUGACCAGAAUGGAUCCACGGAAACCUGCCGAAUGGUCAUGGCAGACGCGGGUCAGCCACAUGUUCUUCCUCCUGAUUCUCCUGCGAGCGCCGUUCUUCGACCUGCCAUGCUCCGGAAUCCGCUGCAAGACCCCUCUUGACAUAGUCGUCACGGAGCUUCACGCCUAUGGCCGAGCGCCUCACACAUUCCUCCGCUGCCUGCUCUACCCUGGAGAUCUCGUCCGAAGCUUCCAGGAAACCAUCUCCGGAAAGCCGUUCAGGUUACCAGAAUGGAGCCGCGGUUUAGAGCCGUUGGAUACAGUCAUCGCGAAGGAUCCGUACGCCCAAUCCUUCCCCACAUCCUGGGAGGACUUCAAGGACCAGGACAUUGAUCUGAUCGGCGGAAGCUUCCUGGUGGUUGCUGGGGGAUUCAUGGCCGCUGCAGGUCCCUCAGCCGGGGGGACGGUAGGGUUGUCAGCGUUGGCGUUUUACGCAAUGAGGCAGUCCUGGGAUGGGAUUGAGGUCCGGUUUUCAGUGCUUUUCCUCCUCGCCUUCUUCUGCUCCCUGGCCUGGAUUCCGAUGGUGAAUGCCAAGAAGAAAGUGGAGGCACAAGCUGAAGCGAAAGAUGGGAAGAAAAGUGAAGGGAAGGUGGUGGAUGGAGGGAGGGAAGGUAGAAGGAGAAAAGUGAAGGCGAAGGCAAAAGCUCAUUAGGGGUGGGUCGACUGUGUCAUCAUGCCAUCUAUGUGAAAUCAAGAAAGGAACACUGAUAUACUUCUUUUAGGCAGGUGGACGUCGCAAUUAACGCAUGCAGAAUCGACUUGAGGUCUGUCAAUGGCAGGUUUAUCUGUGAAUUCCGGGAGAGCUCCAUGGCCGAUCAAAGCUGUGCACUAGGCGUAGUUCCGUCUCAGCCGACACGAAGAAUCCGACGGAACGUGCCAGACAUCAUUUCGUCACCCAAGUCGAAACGCCGCACCGCAACCCACAUUUGUGGAUCAGUGCAGGGUGAAGCCCCAAGCCCAGGCAGUAAGCAAACGAUCCAAUGACGUUCUGAAUUUCAGAAUCGAUCCCGCUUUUCCGAAAGAAGAUCAUCCCGGUCUUACAGUGUAGAGAGUAGACAUCCCCGUCGGAUCAGACGGUGAGUUGAGACAGACGAAAUCUCUAAGCCAUACAGAGCUCGCUCUCGUCGGCUUUUACUCCAAUUCUCAAGGAACUCGGCAUUGCAGAGAGAGACCUACGUCGCUGAUUAUAGGAAGUCGAGGGCAUGGAGCAGCCAAUCAACGUGCUUAUGGUGGGCGCUGGCGAGUACACUGUAGGGUUUGUGCCGACCAAGGAGGGAGCUGCCAGUGACAAAUCUGCAGGCGUCAUCGCAAUUACUCUCAUGGACUUGCGAAGGCUCGGCAAGGUGCAGCGGCUGGUGCUGUGUGACCGGUCGGGGCGGCACUUCCCUGCCGUCAGAGACACCAUCAAGCGCAAGAUUCAAGACGUGUACCGAGACAUGGAUGUGACUAUAGAAACGCACCCAGCAGACGAGGUGGAAGAAGACAACACGGCAUACCUGGCAGCCAUGGCGGGGAUGAGACCAGGCGACAUGGUCACCAUCUUCACUCCGGAUCACACGCACUACCCCAUCGCCCUUGCCGCCAUUCAGCGCGGUCUCCAUGUGCUUAUAGCGAAGCCAGCAGUGAAGAGUCUCCAGCACCAUCACCACCUCGUGCAAGCAGCAGCGGAAAAAGGCGUUCUCGUGGCGGUUGAGUUUCACAAGCGAUUCGAUCCCAUCUACACAGAUGCCCGUGAUCGCAUCAGGGGGCUGGGUCCCUUUGCUUUUUUCUCCAGCACGAUGACUCAGCCGAAGAAGCAGCUGCAUACCUUUGCAGGGUGGGCUGGUAGGAGCUCGGACAUCUCCUUCUACCUCAACUCACAUCACAUCGAUUUCCAUGCCUGGUCGGUGCAGGGGCAGUCUCGCCCGAUGGUGGUGGUGGCGAGUGCAGCGAGGGGGAAGGCCAACGAAGUGCUGCGAGACGUGUUGGGGGAGAGGGGAGGAGGAGGGGCAGCAGCAACGCAGGAGGAUAACGGGGUAGGAGAAGGAGCGGGGGAGAAUGCAGGGUUGGUGGAGGGCAAAGAAGCAGAGGGAGAUCCUGUUGGGUCGGUGGAUGUGGAGGAUGCGAUAACACUCAUGGUCCAGUGGCAGAACAAGGGCGGUUCAUGUGGCACUGCGCUGUACACUGCCAGCUGGAUCGCCCCUCCCACAGACUGCCACACGCAGCAGUACUUCCACUACAUGGGCCACCAGGGUGAGGUGCGGGUGGAUCAAGCCCAUAGAGGGUUCACCAUGGCAACUGAUGCCGCUGGCUUUGCUACACUCAACCCACUGUACAUGAAGUAUACCCCUGAUGCAGCCGGGAGAUUUGCUGGCCAGUUGGGUUAUGGUUACCGCAGCAUUGCGGAGUUUGUUACUGCCGCUCAAUGCAUAAAUUCAAAGAAGCUGACGCCGGAAGUUGUGGAAUCAAGCGAGAUGAUAGCGACUAUAGGAAGUUCGGCGUGUCUCCUUACCACAACAAUUUUGGAGGCAGGAAGAAAGAGUUUGGAUAUGGCAGGUGCUCCUGUAUCAAUCGAAUACAACGAGGAAGGACGGCCUAUCGCCUUGAUGCCGGUUUCUCCCUAGAUAGUUGUUGAAUCUGAAUGUGAACCCAACUGUAGAUCCAGGCAUUUGCCCAAUUUAUAGCGAGUCUUCGGCCUUGGGAUCCUCAGUUCCCGCCACUAAGGUGUCGAGAAACGUGCAGUCAAGAUCACAUCGAAGCCGUCACUUUACUCUCACAAUUUUCGCUCGACCGUCCGAAGUUCUGGUUACGUUCACGGUGUUACAGCUUACACGUGGGCGUGGGCCUUGCACACGUUCGCUUCCUCGUCCGAAGUGUGUCAGUGCGCGCGGAUCCGCGGCCCCUGCUUGGCCCCCCGAUCCGCGGCACUCGCGCGCUUCCUCCCCCCAUGGCCCCACGCCCCUAGCUCCUCCUGAUAGGUCCUGUCGUGAAUGGCUGCGCUUCUGCCCGAGCUUCUGCCUCCACCAAUCAUGUGGCGAUUUGAAAUAUUUCC